GUACCGCAUCCAUUCAUACCAGGUACUACUAAAUACUACGACUUCCUUUGAUGUAUAGGGGGUAGAUUCCGAAUAACGAUACGACGAUAAUCCUUGGGUUCAUCUCACGUAGAGAGUCUUAUUACCUAGUACUUUACCAACGAUCAUUCGCAAUGGCUGAUUACUCCAUGUAUCACGCCCUCGGUCAGGGCGAACAACUCGAUCCUAACGAUCCUAACCGAACGACUCAACCUGCCCCCCCGCAAUUUCAACCUCCAGUUGCCCAAAACCCUUACCAGCAAGGUCCUGCUUACGGUUCUCCCGCACCUCAAGGUCAACAUUAUUAUGGAGGCCCACCGCCUACCGGCAGUCCUUUGCCACCUACCCCAGGGUUUGCGCCUCCGCAAGAUGGAGGUCUUGCCUCACAAAUGGCAGGCAUGUCGUUAGGGGAUGGGCAACAUACGGCGGCUAGGAAGAAGAAGAAAGAUCGCCACGCUUUCCACGCCGUCGAGGCACCAGUGGGCUCGUCUCAAGCUUACAAUGGUAUUCCACCCGCCGGAACACCUGCUACGGCUUUCUUGAACGCCGACCACUCCGUACAAGCAGGUAGUCAAUUCAUCGGACAGCCACUCUCGCCGAACCAAUUCCCAGCGCCUGUCAAUGCGCCAUACCAGCCUCUUUCUCCUGCCACUCCUGCUGAAUUCGCUGCUAGGGGUGGUCAGAUGGAUCCAGGCCAUGCGCCUGCCUUUGUGCCAGCGGCGGGCGGUGGGCAAGUUUCACCAGACGAUAUUCCCAGCGUGCCAGUGUCCAGAGAUGUGCCCCAGCAAUACUAUCUAAGCAACGUGUAUCCCACCUUCGAGCGUCACGUGCCUCCUCCAGCUACCGUCUCCUUCGUUGCUUACGACCAAGGAAAUUCUUCGCCCAAGUUCACUCGGCUGACCAUGAAUAACAUACCAGCUAACGCGGAAGGAUUAAAUAGCACUGGCUUGCCUUUGGGACUUGUCUUACAGCCUCUAGCCCGCCUUCAGCCCGGUGAAAUGGAGGUACCCGUACUAGAUUUUGGCGACGUCGGACCACCCAGAUGCCGAAGGUGUCGUGCUUAUAUCAACCCUUUCAUGAUGUUCCGUUCUGGUGGAAGUAAAUUCGUGUGUAAUCUCUGUACUUAUCCGAACGAUACUCCUUCCGAAUACUUCUGCGCAACAACACCCCAAGGUGUAAGAGUGGAUCGGGAUCAGCGACCUGAGCUGACGAGAGGGACUGUUGAAUUUACAGUGCCUAAAGAGUACUGGACGAAGGAGCCGACGGGUAUACACUGGUUAUUUGCGAUCGAUGUCACUCAGGAGUCUUACAACAAGGGAUUUUUAGAGGCUUUCUGUGAAGGAAUACUUGCCGCGCUCUAUGCACCUGAAGAUGGGGAGGAGACGGAUGAGAAUGGGGAGUUUAAGCGCCGAAUUCCCCCUGGUGCCAAAGUCGGAUUCGUCACCUAUGACAAGGACAUACAUUUCUACAACUGCAAUCCCGCUCUUGAACAAGCACAAAUGAUGAUUAUGCCAGAUAUUGAGGAUCCAUUCGUACCGCUUAGCGAUGGUCUUUUCGUUGACCCAUACGAAUCGAAGGCUGUCAUAACCUCGUUACUCGCGCGGUUGCCCACUUUAUUUGCAGAUAUCAAGAACCCGGAACCUGCUCUAUUACCAACAUUGACCUCCUGCUUAGCUGCUCUAGAAAAGACUGGAGGAAAGAUUGUGUGCUCGCUGUCUGCUUUACCUACCUGGGGCCCUGGCAGACUUUUUAUGAGGGAUGAUGGACAGUACACAGGCGGAGAGAUUGACAAAAAACUUUUUUCAACUGAACAUCCCGCGUGGAGGAAAACCGCAGAGAAGAUGGUUGCGGCUGGUGUUGGUAUUGACUUCUUUAUGGCCGCGCCGUCCGGUGGAUAUCUAGAUAUUGCUACUAUUGGCCAUGUCGCGUCCACGACGGGUGGAGAGACUUUCUACUAUCCAAAUUUCGUAGCAGGUCGUGACAACGCCAAGCUUUCUCUCGAGAUCAAGCACACGGUCACAAGGGAAACAGGUUACCAAGCACUAAUGAAAGUUCGAUGCUCCAACGGUCUCCAAAUAUCGGCUUACCACGGUAAUUUUAUACAACAUACCUUCGGGGCCGAUCUUGAAAUAGGGGUAAUCGACGCGGACAAGGCUGUGGGCGUUACUUUCGGUUAUGAUGGAAAACUUGAUUCGAAGCUCGAUGCUCAUUUCCAGUCUGCCCUUCUAUACACUACAGCUUCCGGUCAGCGCCGAGUCAGGUGUUGUAACGUGAUCGCAAGUGUUAGUGAUAAUCCGCGAGAGUGCAUGAAAUUCGUCGAUCAAGACUCUGUCUACACAAUUCUUGCCAAGGAUGCAGCUUCUAAACUUGCUUCAACUUCGAGCACGUUAAAGGACAUUAGGCUAGGUCUAACAGAGAAGACGAUAGAUAUUCUUGCAGGGUAUCGCAAGAAUUUCUCGUCCCAGUCUCAUCCACCAGGGCAACUUGUCAUGCCGGAGAAGCUCAAAGAGUUUUCCAUGUAUAUGCUUGGUCUUAUCAAGUGUCGGGCUUUCAAGGGAGGAAACGAAACGUCGGAUCGGAGAGUACACGAGAUGCGCAUGAUUAGAUCUAUAGGCGCCCCCGAGCUCAGCCUCUACCUUUACCCCAAGAUGAUACCCAUCCACAACCUAAACCCGGAGGACGGAUUCCCUGAUGAGCAGACCGGCUACUUGAAAGUGCCUACGGCCACUCGCGCAUCGUUCAGCAGAGUUGAGCCGGGUGGGGUAUAUCUGGUGGAUAACGGGCAGCAAUGCUUAUUAUGGUUCCAUACUCAAACCUCUCCUAACUUACUGGUGGAUCUAUUCGGGGAAGGCAAGGAUAACCUCACCUCACUUGAUCCAUACAGUUCAUCUCUGCCAGUUCUACAAACGCACCUAAACGCCCAAGUUCGGAACAUCAUCGAAUUCCUAAAGACCAUGCGUGGUUCCAAGGCUUUGACAAUUCAACUGGCCAGACAAGGAAUCGAUGGGGCUGAGUACGAGUUUGCGAGAAUGUUGGUUGAAGAUCGGAAUAAUGAAGCACAGAGUUACGUGGACUGGCUAGUGCACAUUCAUAAGGGUGUUCAACUUGAGUUGGCUGGGCAAAGGCGAAAGGAUGGUGAUGAGCAUAGUUCCCUAGCGUCAACGUUCCAGGGGCUGAGGCCACAGUACUGGUAAGAUAUCAAUCAUGAGAGGGGACAUAUACGGUUAGUCCUAGUCCCGAGUACCUGGUAUAUGGAAGCAUUUUAGGCAUGAAUGGAG